AUGAAGUUGUUUAUUGUCUUGCUCAGUGGCAUCUCUACGCUCCCGCGAGGCAUAUCUGCCGAUUCGGCAGUCAAGCCGCGGGAAUACAAUGUGGGCAAGAUUCCCGAAUGGCAUCCUCCCCGGGCCAAUGACUUCCGCGGCCCUUGCCCGAUGAUGAACACGCUCGCCAACCACGGCAUCUUGCCCCGGGACGGCAGGAACAUCACCAGGGAGGCUGUUAUCAAGGGCAUGAAGCAGGGCCUCAACUUCGACCCGGCCCUCGCCACAGUAAUGUUCGACCAGGCUGUCAUUGCCAACCCCGAGCCCAACGCUACCUACUUCACGCUCGACCACCUCAACCGCCACAACGUGCUUGAGCAUGACGCCAGCCUCAGCCGCACCGACGCCUUCUUUGGUAGCAACCACAUCUUCAACCAGACCAUCUUCGACCAGACGCGGCGCUACUGGUCCGAGCCCGUCAUCACGACCGCGCACAUGGCCAACGCCAAGAUCGCGCGCCAGAUCGACUCCAAGGCCUUCAACCCGACGUACCGCUUCACCGAUGCGGUCGAGCACUUCAGCCUGGGCGAGAUGGCCGCGCCCUUCAUCGCCUUCGGCGACCUUGACGCCGCCACGGUGAACAGGACGUUGGUCGAGUACUUCUUCCAAAACGAACGUCUGCCAACCGAGCUGGGGUGGCGCGUCAGGGACAAUGUCGUCGGCGUGGAGGCUAUCUUGAGGAUCUCCAACCUGAUCAGCAACGCAACAAGCUUAUUUACCACCGAUUCAGGGGAGGGAUCUGCUGGUAAUGCCACGGCGAAGAAGCUGCGCAGGGACUUGCACGCCGGGGUUCCACGCGAUCUGUGA